GAUUGCUAAAAUUUUAAAAGAAAAAUUUUAAUACUUUUAUGGUGAAUUCGUUAUUUACAUUUAAGUUACAUCAAGAAAUACGGAUGCGAAAGCUUGAACCACAUGAGAAUUUCAACCCUUUGUUUUGAUUGGAAGUGUUCUAUUUUGUGAUGGGUAGCUCUUCUAGUAAAUUUCGCCGCUAUCUACAAAAUGGUGAUGAAUAUGCUGCUCUUCAAGUAUUCCAGAAUUCAUUAGAAUUACAACAAAGUUUGGAUCCUAAUUCAUCUUAUGGUGAUCCUUUGAAGCAUAAUACACCUCUUCAUUUGGCAGCAAAACAUGCAAUGAAACCUCUACUAAGGAUUUUCUUGACUGAACUAAAAGGCAAUCCUAACAAGCAGAAUGCAGUAGGUGAAACGCCAUUACAUUUAGUAUGUCAGGGCGACUUAACCAGAAAUAUGGUAAAUCAAGAAAGACGGGCCUUAUGUCUGAAUCUUAUUUUACAGUGGAGAAGUUCUGAUAAUGAGGAAAAAGUUAAUCUGACAUCCUUAGAUUCU